AUGGCCAGUCCCCCGCAGUCCCCGAUGGGGACAGGUCCUAUGGAUCUCUCUAUGCCUCGACCAAGCCGCCGGCGGGACUCCUUGAGGAGCAGGUUUGUGAGUGUGGUGUCCGACGUCGAGAUGGCCCGAAACGAGGUCUUCGACGGCCCUAUCUCCGAAAGUAUCCCUUCAAGCGUGGUCUCAUUCUCGCAUCGCCGUGCCCGAGCUGGAUCCACGGUGAGUUUUACUUAUUUCCAGGAUGAAGAGGUCUUUGCAGAAUGGUCCAAUGAAGAUGCGGUGGACGUGGACAGCGAUCUGGAGGUAGCAUCGCCAGAUGGUCUGGAUGGAGCAGAUCUCGAGUCCCACCGAGGCUCUUUCGUCUCCAAGAGACUGUCCCGAGACUCGGUCGAGCAUCCUCUGCUCUCUCGGUAUCUAUCGGCCAGCUCAUAUGGUCGGGACCGAAGGACGGGCGGUAGACUGAAUCAGAAAGUGUAUAUCGCUUCGGAGGAUCUUACAGCCGUCUUUGCUGGGUUUUCGACGAGCCCAACCGGUUAUGCCGUUUAUCUAACCUUGUGCAUCCUCACUGGCGGACUCGCUUAUCUGCUAUUCCGAUGGCUUCCCCGCUGGCGAGUCAGACUGAUCGGAAAGGCAACACAACUGGCAAAAUGUCAAUGGAUUGCAAUCGAAGACCAAUGGAAUCAGUUCACAAUUCACAAGAUUGAUAAUCAGUCUUACGGGCGCCCAUUGUCAACGGUAUUUGUAGACCCACCGGGGCAUGUCUACGAUGAAGACACCGACCCAACGAUGGUAAAUCUACGGUUCCUUGAUUACAGGCAUAUGCGUUUCUGCUAUCAUCCACUUGAAGACAAGUUUGCCCUGAUCAGUGGCUGGAAGGAUCCAUCUUGGACCAAUGCGAAGGUCAUGCGAGGGGGUCUUGAUGCCGAUGAGCGGGAUAGCAGGGAGCAGAUCUUCGGCCAGAAUGUCAUUGAUAUUCAGCAGAAGACUGUUCCCCAACUAUUGGUCGAUGAGGCCUUUCAUCCAUUCUACAUGUUCCAGGUAGCCAGUCUGUUGCUCUGGUCCAUGGAUGAGUAUUACUACUACGCCGUUUGUAUUUUCCUUAUUUCUGUUUUCAGCAUUGGAACCACCGUGUUGGAGACGAGAUCGACUAUGCGCCGCCUGAGAGAGAUUUCCCUGUUCGACUGUGAUGUGCGUGUUCUAAGAAACGGAUUUUGGAGAUCUGUUUCCUCCCAGGAUCUGGUUCCAGGAGAUGUCUUUGAGUUCUCUGAUCCUUCAUUGAACCAAGUUCCAUGCGAUUGCAUAUUAUUGUCAGGCGACUGUAUCGUGAACGAAAGCAUGCUUACUGGCGAAUCGGUUCCUGUGUCCAAGAUCCCCCUCACCGACGAGGCUCUCAAAUACCUCGAUCUUAGUGCACCUUCCAUUCAUCCCAAUGUUGCCAAGCAUUUCCUCUUCAGCGGAACGAAGGUCAUUCGCGCUCGGCGACCUCAGAAUGUGGAUGAUGACGAAGCUGUUGCGUUAGCAGUCGUUGUGAGAACAGGGUUCUUGACGACCAAGGGUGCAUUGGUUCGCUCAAUGCUUUUCCCGAAACCUUCGGGCUUCAAAUUCUACCGAGAUUCUUUUCGCUAUAUUGCCGUAAUGGGAGUGGUCGCUCUUCUUGGCUUCAUUGCGUCCUUCAUCAACUUCGUCCGACUUGGUCUUGCCUGGCAUCUGAUUAUUGUCCGAGCUCUUGAUUUGAUUACAAUCGUCGUUCCACCUGCGCUCCCUGCGACUCUGACCAUUGGCACGAAUUUUGCCCUUUCGCGUCUGAAGAAGCAGUCAAUUUUUUGUAUCAGCCCGCAAAAGGUCAAUGUUGGCGGAAAACUCGACGUCGUCUGUUUCGACAAGACUGGCACACUCACGGAGGAUGGGCUAGACGUUCUCGGUGCGCGAACGGUUGGCGAAAACCAUAGGUUCUCCGAACUUUUGUCCGAAACAUCUUCCGGCAUUUUAACUCCUCCACCAAAUGCGAAUUCCCCCUUCGAUCUUGAAAAGCAGCGCAAGAUUAUCUACACCAUGGCAACUUGUCACUCUCUUCGAGUUGUGGAUGGCGAACUACUUGGCGAUCCUCUCGAUGUAAAGAUGUUCCAAUUCACUGGAUGGUCAUACGAGGAGGGUGGUGGUCACCCUUCUGAGCAGACAAGCCCUAAAUUCGACAACAUCGUUCCAUCUGUUGCGAAGCCCCCGGUAACUCAUGGGGGCGAUAGCCAACCGAAUGGGCCAAAUAUUCCCGUCGAACUCGGAGUCCUUCGAAACUUUGAAUUCGUUUCGCACCUCCGCCGUGCCAGUGUGGUUGUCAGACAGUUUGGAGACAAUGGCGUAAACUUCUUUGUUAAAGGCGCACCCGAAAGUAUCAAGGACAUCUGCAUACCCGAGUCCCUUCCUUCCGAUUAUGACGAGCUGUUGAAUUACUACACUCACAAGGGAUACCGUGUGAUUGCCUGUGCCACCAGAUACGAGCGCAAGCUCAGCUGGAUGAAGGUACAAAAGUUGACACGUACCGAAGCUGAAAGCAACUUGGAAUUCGCUGGCUUCAUCAUCUUUGAGAACAAGCUGAAGAGCACUACCACCCAGGUAAUUUCUGAGCUCAACCAGGCUGGUAUUCGCAAUGUCAUGUGCACAGGCGACAACAUUUUGACUGCGGUCAGUGUUGCUCGCGAAUGCAAGAUGAUUGGGCCUAGCGAACAGUGUUUCAUCCCACAUUUUGUUGAAGAACCCGGCCUCGUUACCAAGACUUCUCUUUGCUGGGAAAGUGUGGACGAUCCAGAUCUCACCCUCGACCCGAGAACGCUUCUGCCCACAGAGACCACUUCAGAAACUGAUGUAUCCAUUCCUGGAAUUGCCUUGAACGAGCGUAAUUACUGUAUUGCGGUCACUGGUGAUGUGUUCCGCUGGAUGAUUGAUUUCGAAAACGAGGAUGUGCUCAACAGGAUGCUGGUCAUUGGUAAAGUGUUUGCCCGGAUGUCACCAGACGAAAAGCAUGAACUUGUCGAGAAGCUUCAGUCCAUCGAUUACUGUUGUGGCUUCUGCGGAGACGGUGCGAAUGACUGUGGUGCUCUGAAAGCCGCAGAUGUUGGCAUUUCUCUGUCAGAUGCUGAGGCCUCCGUUGCUGCGCCUUUCACCAGCCGGCAAUUCGACAUUUCUUGCGUUCCAAAAUUGAUCCGUGAGGGACGAGCUGCCUUGGUGACCAGCUUCUGCUGUUUCAAGUUCAUGAGUCUUUAUUCAGCCAUUCAGUUCUCCACCGUCAGCUUCCUCUAUACAUCGGGGUCCAAUCUUGGCGACUUCCAGUUCUUAUUCAUCGACUUGGCUCUCAUCAUGCCCAUUGCCAUUUUCAUGGGCUGGACUGGUCCAUAUCCUACCCUUUCUCGCAAACGGCCCACGGCGGAUCUUGUCUCACGAAAGGUCCUUACGCCCUUAUUGGGACAGAUUAUCCUGGUUGUCCUCGGCCAGUUGGCUAUUUUCAAAACCGUCCAAUUGCAGCCUUGGUAUCUACCUCCUCAGCUCGACGUAGAGAAAAGCAACAUUGUGAACUCGCAAAAUACGGCGCUGUUCCUGUUCUCCUGCUUCCAGUACAUCCUGACCAGCGUUGUCCUCAGCGUUGGCCCGCCGUUCCGGCAGCCAAUGACCCAAAAUGCUCCUUACUUGUGUACCAUUAUCAUUGAUCUUGGCAUUGCGGGCUACAUGCUCUUCCGCCCCUCCGAGUGGGUUACGAGCGUGAUGGAAUUGACCUUCAUGUCGGAUGGCUUCCGCAGCUGGGUUGUGGCAUUGGCACUUGGGGCAUUUGCGAUUGCAUUGACGGCCGAGAUGAUUGCUUUCCCUCGUCUGGCUCGCAUCAUUGGCCACAUCCGCGCUCGCCUGCAGCCCAACUACCGCAAAAAGCGCCGCCAGUACAAGGUUCUAUUGGAGCAGAUGCGCCUGUGA